AUGAAAUCAAAGCAGCAAUUAGAACAACAGCAGCAACAACGACAAGAACAAUAUUUACAAUUAUCAUCACCAUCUUUACGUACUUCUUUCGGUUGGCCAAAACAUAAUAGAAAAAAAUCAAUUCAAGAUAUUUUAAAUAAAUCACAUAGAACAGAAAGAGAAGUUAAAUUUACAUUAUCUAAGCUAAGACGUUUAAUACUUGAUGAAGGAAUACCAGAAGAAAAUUUGCCAAAAUUGUCCCCGUCAAUACAAAAUCUAAUUAGACCAGAUUCGCUUAGAUCAACAGUAUGGAAACGUUUACUAGGUGUUUAUCACGUAUCAGCUAGUGAUUAUGUUCGUCUUAUCAAGAAAGGAAAAUCUUGUGUUUAUGAGAAAAUUAGAAGUGAUACUUUUAGAACUAUGGCAACUGAUCAAAAGUUUUUGGAGAGGGUCAAUGAAGAAAUGCUGACACUGUCUGGUAAUCAAUCAAUAAGUUAUGUUCAAGGAAUGAAUGUGUUAGCAGCACCUUUCUUAUAUACGAUGUCAGAGUUAGAUGCAUAUUGUUCAUUUGUAACAUUUAUUCAAACUUGUUGUCCAUUAUAUGUAACACCUAAUUUACAAGGAGUUCAUUGCGGAAUUAAAUUGUUAGAAAAAUGUUUAAAAAUAUUAGAUGUAAAAUUAUUCAAUUAUUUAAAAUCAAAGAAUCUUACGGCGAUAAUUUAUGCUUUGCCAUCUGUUCUUACAUUUUGUGCUUGUACUCCGUCGCUUGAUGAAUUGUUAAAGCUUUGGGAUUUUUUAUUUGCUUAUGGAGUUCAUUUAAAUAUAUUAUGUAUUAUUGCACAACUUGUAUUAAUCAGAGAUCAGUUAUUAGAAGCGCCGAGCCCAAUGAAAUUAUUAAGAACAAUGCCAAAACUGGAUGCAAAAUCAAUAAUAAAUUUGACUGUCGAAUUUGUACAGAAAAUACCCAAUGAUUUAUAUGAUUUACUGGUUAGGCAUCCUUUUGACUCUACAGUUGAAUCAUUGGUUAUCGAUUAA